AUGAAGGCCUUAGUCACACUGGAAGGGCUGUUGCUGCUACUUUUUUCCUGGAUGUGGAUGUGCUCUGGGCAGACGUCAGCGGUACUGGUGGAAUGCAGCUAUGUGAACUUCCGGGCAGUAGCUAAAAGAGCACUCUUCUACGAAGAUGAACUGGUAGGCCCUGACGAAUUGUUUCUUGGGACUGGCUGUGUGGCAAAUCAUGUGCGGCCAGAGGAACUCGAGUUUAACUAUCCCAUCAGCUUCUGUGGGAUCGUCCCCCAGAUUUUCUUUGAUGGUUCCGUCUUUCAUUCCUGGCUCACCUAUAAACCAAGGAAUCAAGCAAUUUCUGCGGAAUUUCAUUUGCAGUGUAUGGUUCCCAGAAACUUGGGCACAGACACAUCAAAUGAUUUGCCAACUUCACACAGCUACAAAGUCCCAGAUUUAACUCUGGGCUAA